AUGGCGACGACUGUUCAGCUACCACCUUCUGCGCUUUCCUCUGACUCGACAUGUGCAAACCCGAAUUGUAAUGCUGAUAAGUACCGGGGUGCGGUCGUUGAGGACCUCCAACUCCCACCCGCCUUUUGUCUCCCUGCCUCUGAAUCCAUUUCGAGAGCGAUCGAGCAGGCGUAUGAGAGGGAUUUCUCGCAUAUACCAGUCCUGGAUCGCUCGAGGAGGCCGCUUGGAUACAUCGAUGUGCCGAGGUUGAAGAAGAAAUGGGAGGCUGGUGGGGCUAGUCCUUGUCCCUCCGGCUAUGUGUCCCAAUUGAUUCCCCUUCCUGGCUGUUGCUCGCUCUCGUCGUGUUCGAUGCUUUCAAAAUCGCUUGGUCUUCAUCGAUCCUGGGUCUACUUUCAAACGGAACUACCUUCCAACACCAUCUCCAAACGGAUAUCCCGUAUCCAACCAUCCAAUCCACCGACUCCACCGUUGAUACAGACCGACAAAGUGAGCAACUAUAUGACCAAAUUCAACCGGACGUCCACUGGCAAACCUUACGCGCUUAUCACGCCCAUGUCGCCCCUCUCGGAUUUGGAAGAGUUUUUGAAGGACAAUUUGUUUGCGUUGGUUACGGAUGCGAACAGGAAAUUCGUGCUUGCUGUGGCGACGUCCCAGGACUUGGAAAACUUUGUUAGUCGACGGGGGUGGUAA